AUCAGUUGUUGGUGUAAAAGAAAAUGCGGUUAAUAGACGUAUUGUCAAUCGCAGUUCUUUUGCUGUUGAUGCAAAAUUCAAUUGCCGAAAUCCCAGGUUGCGACUUCUACGACACCGUAGAUAUUUCAAAAGCACAAAGGUUCUCGAACGGAACGUACCUUUAUGAAGGCUUGUUGAUCCCCGCCCAUUUGACUGCUGAAUAUGACUUCAAGCUCCUGGCCAACGGCUCAAGUGAGAGGGUGGCGACCCACGUAAGAGGAUGUGUCUGCCAACUAAGGCCCUGCAUCAGGUUUUGCUGCCCUCCGUACCACAAAAUGCGUAUGAGCAAGUGCAAAGGCGACAUGUCAAAAGACGAUAUGGACAGGCACGACCCCUUUGUGAACCUGACGCUCCGCGACGGGUCGGUGGUCAAGAGACACUUCAAGGAGGACCUAAUCGUGCAGUCGGAUCUGGACCUGCCCGGAUGUCCCAAGAUGCAUUUUCUGGAUCACGAAAUGCCGGGCAACGGCUUCACUCUUUUUGAGAAUGGAUCCCUUCUGCGUCACUGGGACACCAAAGAGUUGAACAAGCGGGAGUACUGCGUCCAGCAUCUUUCAUUCAAGGGUAAAAGUACCCGAAUUGCGCCCCACUUCUGUCCUCUUUCAUCUGAGCAUUCCAAAACAUGGAAAACCGUUGCGAUAGUGCUAUCCCUAGUAUGCAUAGUCCUCACGAUCAGCGUGUACCUCUACGUCGAGCAGCUUCGCAACCUACACGGGAUGUGUUUCAUCUGCUACUUGGCCUCCCUGUUCCUGGGCUACCUCUUCCUGAUCCUAAACGUGUGGAAAUACUCAUCCGGCUUCUGCGUUGCAGCAGGGUUCCUGGGUUACUUCUUCGUCAUGGCCGCGUUCUUUUGGCUUUCCGUUAUUAGUACAAACUUCUUCAUCACGUUAAAUGGAACCUCUAAUUGGUCAAACCGUUUUUUGCCGGAAAAUCCUAGCUUCCUAACUUACAACUUAUACGCCUGGAGCAUGACGCUACUCCUGACCGCAAUCACCUAUAUAGCUGACCAGGUGGUUAAGAACGAGCAGUUGAAACCCCGCGUGGGCUUCGGCAGAAAUUGUUGGAUUUAUACUGGGGAUAUGCGUGUCAUGAUCUACUUCUAUGGCCCGAUGCUACUGAUACUCGUUUUCAACAUAGUAAUGUUCCUCCUGAUUGCGAUUCCCAUAUUACGGACAAAGAAGAAAGUGAAAGCCUUCAACCAACAACUAGAAACGAAACAAAAGCUGAACUCGAACACACAAGCGUAUGGCACAUGCCUGCGACUUUUCAUUAUCAUGGGUUUGUCGUGGAGCUUCGAAAUAAUCUCGUAUAUGGUGAACAAAAAUGAGGCUUGGGCAAAGGUUUUAAUGGUGGCUGACUACUUCAACUGGUCCCAGGGUACCAUCAUAUUUGUGCUUUUUAUUUUAAAACCGAGGACUCUAAAACUUAUAAUAUCAGCGGUACAGCGAAACGCCCAAUGGAGUCACCCUAACGCGAUGCCAAAAGCAGAUCGAUAUAAUUCAAGUGAUACGGCUUGUGAAGGAACGAGUGCGGAUCCAAACGGAGCAUAGCUUUAAUUGGAUGUACAUAGAUAGGGAGUCGCUUUUUUCAGCAAAAAUUAAUGGAAUUCAAUAACAAUAAAAUAUUUGGACUUCAAAAUUGAUAACCG